GUUGCUAGGCAACUGUGCCGACGCCGGAACUGCGUGGCUGUGAAAGAAAGACAUGGCGACCAACAGGGGAACAGCUGUGUCUGUCCAUCUCCAUCAUAUUUUAGGAUAUAUUACAGUAUUUAUCUUUGUUAUUUUAUCUAGUAACUCGUCGUCUGCUUCAGAGGACGAUGCAUUUCGCGCCGGUCAGUCGAUGUUUUCACCGGUGGCUGCAGCAUCACGGGAUGUUCGCUACCUCCUGUAUGAUGUGAAUCCACCUGAAGGCUUCAAUCUCAGACGGGAUGUUUAUAUCCGCAUGGCCACUUUGCUGAAGACGUUGAGGAAAGAGGGUGACUGGGUGCUGGUUUUGCCUCCAUGGGGACGACUGUAUCACUGGCAAAGCCCUGAAAUACAUCAGCUCCGCAUCCCGUGGGGUGAAUUCUUCAGCAUAACCAGCCUGCAGGCUAACAUACCAGUCAUUGAAUACGAGGAGUUUAUUGCUGAGUCUGGGGGUCCCUUCAUUGACCAGAUCCUUGUGCUGCAGAGCUAUGCAGAGGGCUGGACGGAUGGAAAAUGGGAGGAGAAGGUGGAUGACAGACCGUGUAUUGAAAAGCUGAUGUACUCAAAAGACAAACAGGGUUAUUACAGAGGUUGGUUUUGGGGUUUUGAGGAGACCAGAGCAUUGAAUGUCACCUGUUUAUCUGCUCAAGGACAUGCAUCUAUCCUGGCCCCUGUCUUACAAAAUAACAUAACAGCCACGUCAGUAAUGGUGGACAGAGCCGAGACUGUCCUUCAUGAUCACUAUGCUGGGAAAGACUACUGGGAUACACGGCGAAGUAUGGUGUUUGCCAAACACUUGCGCAUAAUAGGAGACAAGUUUAGAGCCAAUCAUCUCAACUCCACAGAUAAACAAGACCAGACACCGUACAAUGAGGACUGGACUCAAAUGAAAAACCCUCUGGGGAGUGCUAAAGGUGGCCCUUACCUGGGGGUCCAUUUACGGAGGAAGGACUUUAUUUGGGGUCACAGAGAAGAUGUGCCCAGUCUUAAAGGUGCAGUGAAGAAGAUCCGUAGUCUCAUGAAGAAGCACAAGCUACUGCAAGUCUUUGUUGCUACUGAUGCAGAUGAGGAAGAGCUUGCUAAACUAAAACGGCUGCUGCCCGAGAUGGUACGGUUUGAGCCCAGCUUGGAGGAUCUGGAGCUCCUGAAAGAUGGAGGAGUAGCCAUUAUAGACCAGUGGAUCUGUGCUCAUGCCAGGUUUUUCAUUGGGACAUCAGUUUCAACCUUCUCUUUCCGAAUACACGAAGAAAGAGAAAUCCUAGGUUUUGAUCCUAAAACCACUUAUAAUCGAUUCUGCGGUGAUGUUGAGCAGGAAUGCGAACAACCCACACACUGGAAAAUUGUAUACUGAUAACACAGUUUGGAGAGAAUUCUCUAUAUAUUUUUUCAUGUUAUUGAUUACAAUGAUCAAAAUACAUUCUUUUAUAGGCAGAGCUUAUGUUUCUGAUUGC